UCCAAGAACACCGCCGUGCGACCACUAAGAGUCUUUUACUCCCGGAGCCGCAAGUAGCGAGAAAACCGGGAAAAGGAAGAGAGACACGAGGGCUGACGUUAACGCACCGAUCUUCAGAAAAAGAAGACAAUAAGAUGAAUGGAGUGAUGCCAGGAAGAGUGGCUUGAAAACCCGCUACUGUCACCAGUGUAAGAGUGACAGACUGGGUGAAUUUUUUCCGGUGGCUCCCUGCUGUGACCCGACCUGAGCGCAUAGUAAAAACAACCGGAACUGUCCCAGUUUAAAAAGAACAUGUAAAAAAAAAUAAUACAAAAUAAAAAUAGUGACAGGAAUUGUUCCUGCCUUGCGCCCGAUCUUGUCGGGACAGGCUGCAUCUUCCACGCGACCCUGCUAUGGAUAGGCGGGUUUGAAAAUGAAUGGACAGAUGGAUGGGUAAUGGCCGUUAACGCCUGUAAAGGAACGGGUCACUUCUUUUUUUUUUUUGCGGAUCCCCUCAUUUAGAAAAUAAAAGGCGCGACAGGAGAGGCGGUUUGGGUGGGUGGGACAGCUGAAACCUAACCGGAUAUCUUUGGGUAUGAAGACCGCAGCCAUGCUGUCAGAGUAGUGACUGGGAUAAAAUACUGCAGACUUCCCUGGCGCAGGACACGCCGUCUGACAAGACUGGAAGCACUGGUGACACCCGAUUGGAACAAGGCUGAUGUCACCCGAGGGGUGUGUGCCGCCGAGUUGGGGAGCAGAAGGAUAGUUUUUUGUUUUUUUUUUGUGGCUUAUACCAGCGUGCGACAACCUUACAGAAGCACGGGGGUUAUCCCAGUGUCAGAGGGGAGGAGCAAAGGGACUGGAAUUACAGCUGACUCAGUGCUCGGCAAGUCGGGGGAACUGCAGGCGUCCAGUCGGCGCGCACAAGGAGGUCAAAAUAAGUGACGGCAGGGCACCAGUUUACCCCUUGACAGAGGAUUUGCAAUUUCCUACACAUUUACUUGUGCGAGAGCAGGGCGGAGAUCGGGACGACAAACAAACAAAAAAAAAAAAGGAUUUGAAACGCUGCUCUCAAUCGAUCGAUUUAAACUCUUCAGUAAUCCUAGAUGGGUGAGCGCACGCAAUGGGACGGUCACAUCAGCCAUAGGCAGGACUCGCAGAGUGCCAUCGAUUCACCUCCGAUUGCAAACUGAUGAAGAACCGGAGGGCUUUGUGAACGAACACGAAGAGACACGUCCGCCGCUUUUGUUUUCUCGUUCUCCGCGCCAGGCGGCCCGACGGACAUGGAGCGCUGCCUGUCCCAACGGAAGACUAUGGACGUGUGCCUGAGACGCCUGAAGCAGGAGCUGCUCUCCAUGAAGGAGGCGGGUGACAACCUGCACGAGCAGAUGAACAGCAUGAUGGGAGCUCUCCAAGAGCUGAAACUUCUGCAGGUUCAGACAGCCUUGGAACAGCUGGACAUCUCUGGAAGCCAAAGGUCAACUCCGGCCCUGGCCCCUUGGGCUAAGGAAACCCCCGUGAAGUUGAUGGACUGCAUGGACCAUGGUGGGGGUGACAGGAGCCCCACUUAUUCCGAGGAUGAGCCAAGCACCCUGUCUUCUUCCAUUGAGUCCAGUUGCUGCUCCUCCCAGAACAGCAUGCAUUAUGCCAGUUCUCCCACUACCACGGGCUCAUCGGGUACGGACCUCCAUACCCCGCUCCCCACAGAGCCUUCCCAAAGGCUCUUCAUAAAGGAGAGUCCCUGCCGGAAUUGGGAAUCCAGAGGGAGCAUGGAGGACACCAGUGACUGGACUUCUUCUUUAAUGUGCCAGACCCGAAACCGACAGCCACUCGUUCUGGGGGAUAACAUUUUUGCCGAUCUGGUGGAAAACUGGUUGGAUUUACCCGAGGUGGAGAAAAAGUCCUUGGAGCCCACCGAGGAUCAUUCUCUGAGGAUGAGCCGCUCUCAGGAGAUCUGCCGGAAGAUCUCGCUGACGGCAAAUAUGUUCAAGAAGAUCCUGCGGAGUGUCCGGCCGGAUAAGGACAAACUGCUCAAGGAGAAACCCGGCUGGUUACCUCUGGCGGAUCGACAGGCAGACGUCUCAAAAAGGGCCAAAAAGGUGGCAAAGCCAAAAGGAACGUUCUACCUGCCGUUCCGAGUGAGCGUUGCAGGAAAGAAAGGACUUCAGCCGGCGGACGACCAGAAGAGCCCGAGACCCCCGGUUUACAUCGCCGAGCUCCCUGCCGACUCCAAAGAGAAAGUGCAGCCGCCGCUAUUUGAUUACAACACGGCCGUGUGGGUCUAAUUGGAGCCGACUGCCCGCGACCUCGGACCUCACGGGAUUACCGCUUAAGCAGGAUUUUUCUUAGUCUUCCAAAUGUGAGUCGCCGCUGAAGGCGCAUUUCAGACCUGCUGACGUGAGGGGGGCUCGCUUGGCCCAUGCUGCCAUCUGAUGAUGGGGGAUAACAAACUGCUUUAAAUCAAGUGGGACAGGCGGAUGGUGUCAAUGCCACGGCAAGGUGGAUGGUCAGUGCCGACUUAACAGGCCGGAGAAAUCAAGUGGCAAUCCUGAAGGUUCAAGAGACCCCAGGCCUGGUGCCCUCAACUUGGCGGUCUUUACCCAGACCCUCAUGAGAAUUAUUAAGACCACUUUACAGGAACGUCUCCACACCAAAGGGUCAGCAGCUCCUGCAUGUCCUGAGGAGUUACAAAGAGGACAGCCGGCAUUGGGGGCAGUCAGGGCUGUAGGAGAAGAGCAAACUGUAAAGAAAUGAGGGGACACAAAGUGACAGUUAGGGUACUGAAAUGUGGGGCUGGGGGUAAUGCUGAGGGGGUCACUGUUGGUACAGGUAAACUUUAAAGAUGGCGGCUCACUGUUGGAAAGGCACAAUCUCAGCAAGGGGGUCACUGUUGAAAUGGCUGAAUAUUAGAGAGGGGUAGCCACUGAAAUCACAAACAUUUGGGGGUCCCAGCUGGGACAGCAAAAUAAUAGGGAGAGGGAUCAAUACUGAAGCAGAAAAAAGUUGGAGGGUCUCUGGUAGUACAGGAAAAUGUUAGGCCACUAUUAUGUUAGAAAAAUUUUAAAGGGGGCGGUACUACUGAAACAGCAAAGUAUUACAGGGAAGGUCACAAUUGGGACAACUACAUUUUAGAGUUGUCACCUCACUGUUAGAAAGGCACACCGUGAGCAAAGGGGGUCAUUACUGAAAUAGCAGAAUUUUAGAGAAUCUCAAAAAAUUUGGGGGGUCACUGUUGGUGCAUCUAAAUGUGAGGCCACUAUUGAAGUAGGAAAACAAAUCGGAAUAAUAUCCCUACAGGGGCAGCAAAAUGUUAUGGAGGGGUCACUAUUGAAACAGAAAACAAACGGAGUCAUUGUUGGGACAGGUACAUUUUAGAGAUGGUCAUUAGGAGUAGUAGAUGGCCAUUACUGAAAGAGAAAACUGUUUAUGAGGAGUAGUCAUAUAAACAAAAAGGAUGGAAGAUGUCGCCAUGGGGAUGAUAAAAUGUCCGAUCACCAUUGAAAUAUGAAUACUAAAGAUGGCUGUGCUGCUCAUCUGAGAGGAUUUGAAAUCUAAGUAAUCCACGUCGACCUCAACAGUAACAUUUGCAGUGCACCAUCUCUAUUGGAAUGU